AUGAGGCCCCAGAUAACACCAAGGCUUGCUGAUCAUUCCACCACCACACAUCCAGCUCACAAGAUGGUCACUUCCAGUGUGCCAGCUCACAAGAUGGCUUUCUGUCCUGAAUCUGUUCCUGUCCCUGAAAGGCCAUCUCCAGAGCUAGCUGCCAGAGUCACUGCCAUCGCCAGAGCUGCCACCGCCAGAGCUGCCAGCGCUGCAGCCAGAGUCGAUGCCGCAGCCAGAGUUUAUGCCGCAGCCAGCGCCGCAGCUAGAGCCGCAACCAGCGCCGCAGUCAGAGUCGAUGCCGCAGCCAGAGUCGACGCCACAGCCAGCACCGCAGCCAGAGUCUACGCCGCAACCAGCGCCGCACCCAGAGUCGACGCCGCACCCAGAGUCAACGCCGCACCCAGAGUCAACGCCGCAGCCAGAGUCGACGCCGCAGCCAGCGCGGCAGCCAGAGUCGACGUCGUCGCUUCCCGAACAGACACAGCUCCCCGUCCAACCUGCAUCAUCCAGACUCCUUGCCUUGCCGAUCACAGCCCGGAUCCUCGCCUUGCCGGCGCCUCUCAGACGGUUCGCCUUGCCGGCUCCCUACAAGCCUCCAGCCCUGCCAACUCCUCGCAGUACUCCAGGUCCUCUGCAGCCUCAUGA